AGUGUGUGUGUCUCUCUGUCUCGCAUGUUCCCGCAACAUCCUUAUACGCCUUCAUUGUUGGUGGUGUUCAAUGCCUUUGAUUUAUUUCUCCAUUUCUAUUCUUGGAUGAGGGUUCCUUGACCCAUGGUCGCCCUGCAGCUGUUAAUUUCCGCUGUGCUUGCAUUCACGGACAUUGUGAAUCGCGACGCGCUGUCCCCAGCUUGCCCUCCGCCCAACCUCCGAGACCACUACCCCCCUCUCCUUAACUUCCACCCCCCAGCUUUGGUGAUCGCAAACCUUUCAGAAAAUGAGCAACAACCCUCCAUGGCUGGAGAAUCUUACAGACGACUGGGUCCCAGUCCCUGCACCUGGAACUCCUGGAACGCCCGGCACUCCCACCAGCCCAAUCCUAUCCCGAUCAUUCACCCAUUCCCGACGGUCUAGCCUACAAAACUCUCCUAGUCGCAUUCCUGUUCCCGCGCGUCGCUCCGUCGGCCCUUCUCCUGACUCUUUCAGGAAGAAAGUUUCCAGACCGUGCCACUUCAUUAAACGUGAACCACCCACACCUAAGCC